GACAGUCAAGAGAAAACAAAAAUACCUAGUGCAAUUUUCUUCAUGUGAGCUACUUUGUCCCGUUCGAUUUCUUGGAUUUUCAACGAAAUUGAUUGCGCUUUCUUCUAAAAACAAUCAGUUCAAAAGCUUCUUUCUAUACAUGGUGCAUCAUAAUCAUCAGAUCUUGGUGAAUGUGACAUAUUGGCGACGAAUUAUGUUGAAAAACAAGUGUGACGUCACAAUUUUUAUCAGCUGAGGAGUUGGGUAGUGCAAGGAAAGGUCGGAACAAAACAAACAAUAUGGGAGGCGCCGUGAGUUCGGGCAGGGAUAACAACGAGUUAAUCGACAAUCUAGUGAGCAGCAACUACAUCCGGUCACGGGAUGUGGAGCGCGUUUUUAGGGCGCUGGACCGCGCCGAUUACAUGACGCGGGAUGCACGGGAUCAGGCCUAUAAGGACCUGGCGUGGCGGCACGGCCCGCUGCACCUCUCCGCGCCCUGCAUCUACAGUGAAGUGAUGGAAGGUCUGGAGCUGUCUCCAGGGCUGUCAUUCCUGAAUGUAGGCUCGGGUACAGGCUAUCUCAGCACCCUAGUGGGGCUGAUCUUGGGCUCCAGCGGCAUCAGCCAUGGGGUGGAAGUGCAUCCCACAGUGGUGGAAUAUGCUACUAAAAGGCUGGGACAGUUUAUAGAAAACUCUCCAGUUUUGGAUGAGUUUGACUUUUGUGAGCCUAAAUAUUAUCUGGGCAACGGACUCUGCAUAGCACCAUUGGGAGCACCCUACGACCGUGUGUACUGUGGCGCUGGCUGCCCGGAGGAGUACCAGAAUUACUUCAAACAACUUAUCAAGGUGGGUGGUAUCCUGGUGAUGCCGCUAAACGACAAUCUAGUCCAGGUGAAGAGGGUCGGCGAGGCCGAGUGGACCUCGCGCAGCGUCCUCAACGUGUCGUUCGCGACGUUGCGCGUCCCGACCAAGGAGGAGGCCGGGGAACUUAUUAGAUUGGAGGAACAGUGCCCAGCGCGCCUCCAAACGCUUUGCCGCGGCAUGGUCCGCUCCGCGCUCCGCGGGGGCGUGUGGCGAAGGCACCCUGAACUAAGGGCGCCGCCGCCGCGCCCUCCUCCAGCCAAGAAGCCCUGUCCUAGGAGGAUCUGCAUACCUAUUGAGGAUGAGAGCGAUGUUGAGGGUCUAAACGCUCUACACGAUCUGGACCGCAACGGUGGCGCGGGCGAGAUGAACGCCCUACUGUCCUUGGUCCUAAGCAUGGGCCCGUCCCGUGUGGCCGGCGCUUUACGAUUCGAUGCGCCUUCCGACGACGAGUCCGAUGAUAACCAGGACUCCACCGAUCAGCGUCCCGACGAUGCCAGCCCGCCUCGCUCGUCCAACUCCUCGCCGCGCAGCGGGCCGGAGCCCGGGGCUGCUGGCUCCCGGGCCCGCGCGCGGGGCCGCGAGCGCCGCCCCUGCCGCGGCAUGCUCACCUUCGAGCUCAGGGACGAGGAGAGGCCCAGGGCGGGGACUGCUGACCCCGAGCCAGUCCCAUCAGCCAGCGGAUCACAGUCCACAGACACUGCCGACAACCCCGCCGCUCUCGACAAAGACACCGAUCGCGACACAAGCGACGGCGAACACGCGCGCGACAGGAGCGACACACGCGACAGGAGUGACAGAGACGGAGAUAGGACACGGGACGACAGGAGUGACAGAGAUGGAGAGAGUGACACAGAUAGGAGUGAUAGGGACAGGCGGGGUAGACGGAGACGCAGGGACGGGAGCGAUGAUGAGCAGGAUGAGAUGCCGGCUGAGGUGGAGAUAUACUUGGGCAAGAUGGGAGGCGGCGAAGCCACGACAUCCCGUGAGAUGGACUGGGACGCCGACGAGGAGGAGGUCGAGGACGACGAACCGGAGGACGACACCGAGACCGAGCACGCCAGCCUCUCCGCCGACGCGGAGCCCGACGCCGCCUCGGCCGCCGACAAGCCGCCUCGGCAGAAGCUAGACAGCGGUGAGUAG